AUGCGCAGACAAAGCGCCCCUAGUCAACGCUCUCAAACACUCCCCGAAACUCGUGGAGAACUUGAUCAUGUAACUAAAAAAUUAAAACCUGAUCCUCUGGCUAUCCUAUCUCAACCUUUCCGUAUCCCACGUCCUACACCAUCAUCUGCUGUAUCUGCUUCUCUUCGUGGAGGCCCCGUCCGUCGAACACGUACUGUUGUAAAUUACAGAGAAGAUGCAGGUGAUUUUCAACUUCUAGAUGAUGACUCCGACACGUCUUACUCAGCAGAUGGCGUGAUACGGGACCCAGCAAAGUGCCGACUAGGAGUUCGCAGCAGAAUAGCAUUUACUGUAUCACUUGAUGGGAAAUCUCCGGUAAUGACACCUCCAGCAACCCAAUUUGUCAUCCCUAUUAAAGAGUUUUAUAAUGACUCUAGCAAUACAUAUAGACCACCACCACCAGCACUAGGAACACGCAGACAAGCAACUUUUGUUCCUAUGCCUCUUCAUGACCCAGCUGGAGAGUUUGCUAUAGUUUUAUAUGACCCGACUAUUGAUAAAGAUGUUGAUGAAGAGGAAGAAGAAGAAGAAGAAGAAGAAGAGGAAGAUGGAGCACAAGCAGAAGAAGAAGAAAAGAAUCAAGAUAAAACAAACGAAGAGCUUAAUGAAGAAGCGAAAAAAGACACUCCAGAUCCCCUCCCAUCCCCUCCUUCAUCAAACCCAUUAAAGUACCGUAUAGCUCAACGAAACUCAAAAUCUCUAGCUGAAAUCCUCGGUAUCGAUAAUGACAAGUCCAAGAAGAAAAAAUACCCCAACGUUCCUGUCGUCAUCGACCCCAAGUUAUCCAAAAUCCUCAGACCACAUCAGAUAGAAGGUGUCAAGUUCCUUUACAAGUGUUGCACUGGUCGUAUUGUCCCUAAAGCUUAUGGAUGUAUCAUGGCUGAUGAAAUGGGGUUAGGGAAAACCCUCCAAUGUAUUGCUCUUCUCUGGACUCUUUUAAAGCAAUCUCCACAGGGAUCCCGUAAUGCCACCAUCCAAAAAUGUGUCAUUGCUUGUCCCUCUUCUCUUGUCCGUAACUGGGCAAACGAGUUUGAUAAAUGGCUUGGGAAAGGUACUCUUACUCCACUAGCUAUUGACGGUGGCAAAAGUACUAAAGCUUCUGGUACUGGGAAAGGUUCUGGAUCUACGUCUAGCACUGGAAAUAACGGUGCUGUUGCUUCAGCUAUCCGCCAAUGGGCACAAGCUACAGGCCGCCAGGUUGUACGUCCUGUUCUUAUUAUUUCAUAUGAAACGCUCCGACGAAAUGUUGAUGAGCUUAAAAGCACAGAGGUGGGUCUCUUGCUGUGCGACGAGGGCCACCGAUUGAAAAAUAGUGACUCACUAACUUUUACAGCUCUUGACUCUCUCAACUGUAAGCGCCGCGUCAUUCUUUCCGGUACUCCUAUCCAAAAUGAUCUUUCAGAAUACUUUUCCCUACUAAACUUUGCCAACCCAGGACUACUUGGAUCUCGUGUGGAGUUUCGCAAAAACUAUGAAAUUGAUAUUUUACGUGGCCGUGACGCAGAUGCCACUGAUGAUCAAGUCACAAAGGGUACUCAAAAACUCCAGGAACUUUCAGCAAUUGUUGGUCCUCUUAUUAUUCGUCGUACCAAUGAUAUCCUUUCCAAGUAUCUCCCAGUAAAGUACGAGCAUGUUGUUUUUUGCAACCUUUCCCCAUUCCAAUAUUCACUCUACAACCACUUUAUUUCUUCACCGGAAAUCAAAAGACUUCUCCGUGGUACCGGAUCUCAACCCCUCAAGGCUAUUGGCUUGCUGCGCAAGCUUUGCACACACCCGGAUCUGCUUGAUCUUCCUUCCGAUAUUGAGGGCUGUGAGCCAUACCUACCUGAAGACUUUGUGCCCAAGGAUAUGAGGGGUCGUGGUGACCGUGAUGUUAAAACCUGGCACUCAGGAAAGCUUAUGGUACUUGAGCGCAUGUUGGCCCGUAUUCGUCAAGAUACAAACGACAAGAUUGUGCUCAUUUCUAACUUUACACAAACUCUUGACAUUAUCGAAAAGAUGUGCCGUACACGGCGAUACGGGUGUUUACGACUAGAUGGUACAUUGACUAUUAACAAACGCCAAAAGCUCGUUGACCGGUUCAACGAUGCAGAAAACACUCAAGACUUUGUUUUUUUGCUUUCGUCAAAGGCUGGUGGGUGUGGUAUCAAUCUUAUUGGUGCCAACCGGUUGAUUCUGCUUGACCCAGACUGGAAUCCUGCGGCUGACCAGCAAGCGCUGGCCCGAGUAUGGCGUGAUGGUCAGAAAAAGGACUGCUUUGUGUACCGGUUUAUUGCAACGGGUACCAUUGAAGAAAAGAUUUUUCAGCGCCAGUCCAUGAAGCAGAGUUUGUCGUCAUGCGUUGUUGACGAGAAGGAGGACGUUGAGCGGCUUUUUUCUAUAGACAAUCUGCGACAGCUCUUUACGUUCCAACCAAAUACCAAGUGUGAUACUCAUGAUACGUUCAAGUGUCGCCGGUGCAAGGAUGGUAAGCAGUAUAUACGGGCUCCAGCCAUGCUUUACGGCGAUGCGACGUCGUGGAACCAUUUUACAAAUGGAUGCCUGGCCAAGAUUGAGGACUUGUUACUUCGCCAGGAGUGUGGCAACGAUAUUGUGAGCUUUGUGUUUCAGUAUAUUUCGCAUUGA